AAAGAUAGGAAGACUCGUGUCUAUCCAAAAGUUCAGAGUCGUCGUCGCUGGCUGUUUCAUUUCCACACACACAAUCUUCCACCUGUCCUCAGCUCUGCAGCCUGCUGCAAAGCGCGAACCAUGAUCGAAGUGGAGGAUGGAUCGAAACGGCAGAUCGGCGUGGAUUAGCAGGGCCAGCCUCGGCGUCCUCACCCUCAACUCCGGCCUCGCCGUCUACCGCUCCGGGGCCAGGGGGGACGCCGCCUCCGUCGUCUUCGUCCUCGCCUCCUACGCCGCCCUGCUCCUCCUCUUCUCCUGCCUCGCCGCCUUUGACCGCGCCUCGCCGGGCUCGGCGGCGAGGGGGCGGCUGAAGCGCGCGGUGUGGGCGCUCUCCACGCUCCUCACGGCCAUGUUCGCGUGGAAGGUGGCGGCUCUCAUGCCGGCGCCCGUGGCGGCCGUGGUCUGGGCCCUCGCCGUGGCGACCUCGCUCGGAGGGUUCUUGGCCAUCUUCGUCAACACCUGAAUCCAUGAAAAAUCGGUAGCUAGCUUGCGCUUGUACUGUACAGCUGCUGUAUGCUAUGCUCAUGCUGGGGUGUAAAUAAGUACCACCUCCCUCGCUCCGGUGUCAUUUAAUUGUAUUUCCAAUCUACACUCUCUAAACCUUGGGCGUUAUUGUACAGCUUAAUUGGAGUGUAUCUACGUUUUGUUUGAACUGUGUUGGUCAA